AUGUCAUUGAAUAUAAAUUGUUUAAGAGAUUAUUCUGAUAUUCGAUUAAUACCAUUAAUUGGUAAUAAAUCAAAUAAUUUAAUUCAUUCAAAUAAUGAUGAAAAUCAAAAUAAUUUAAUAUCAAAAUUUUCAUCAUCAAUAAUACAUUUAUCAUAUUCUUCAAAUGAUAUUGAAUAUAUAUUAAAAAGUUUAACAAUAAAUUCCUUAAAAUUUUCAACAAAAAUCAUAUCAUCAAUAAUAAUUUAUUCAAUUGUAAUUAUUCUUAUAUUAAUGAUACUUUCAAUUAUAUUUUAUAUAAUAUCAUAUUCAAAUAUAAAUCAAUUUAAAUUAACAAAAAAAAAAUAUUUUAAAUUUAAUUUAAAAAAAUUUUUAAUAAUUCUAUUAUUAUUUAUUUAUAUAAUUAUAUUUAUUCAAAUGAUAUUUAUUCUUGAACAUGGAAAUAAAACAAAAAUUUAUUUAGAUAAAUCAAUUAAAUUAAUUAAUGAUGAGUUUAAUUCAAAUUCAAUUUCAGAACAUUUUCAAUAUUUAUUAAAACAAUUUGAAAAUUAUUCAAAAAAAUCAAGAUUUAUUCUAAUCGAUGGAUCAAAAUCAAUAAUGAUUAAAUCAUUGAAUAAAUUUUUAAAUGAUUAUUAUUAUAUUGAACAAUUAAAUAAUUAUCUUAAUAAUAUAAAUAAAUAUAUAAAUGAAAUAAAUUUAUUUAUUGAAAAUGAUCAAAAUUUAAAAACUUUAUUUCAUAAAAUUAUUCUAUCAUAUAAACAUAUUAAUAAUGAUUUAAUUAAUUUAAAUAAAAAACUUUGUUAUUAUAUUGAUGAAAAUAAUAAUGAUAUUGAAAAAAAAAUUUUUUAUUUAUUUAAUAUAGUUAAUGAAAAAUUUCUUUUUUUUAUUCAAAUAUUAAAUGAACAAAUUUUAAAUAAAUUAUUUAAAACAACAUUAUUUAAUCAAAAUCAACAAAAUAAAUUUCAAUCAUUUAUAUCAUUAAUAGCAACAUUAUUUUUUACUAUCAUUCCAAUAAUAACAUUUGUUCCAUUUGCUUUUUUAAUUAUUAUUAUUAUUAAUUAUUUUUGUUUUUAUUCAAAUGAUCAAACAAAACAAUUUACAAAUCAUAAAUCAAAAAAUGAUAGUCAAUCGAAAUUAGAUGAUCUUGAUGUUAAACAACUUUUAUCAUUACAUAUUCAAAAUGAUGAUUCACUUAAUUAUACAACAAAUACUUAUAGACGUGUUCAUAAUAUAUCCACAAAAAAGCGUAGAUCAAGAAAAAUAAAAACUUAUCAUAUAAGUAGAAACGGUGAAAGAACUUUUUCAUAUUCUACUGAUGAUAUUCAUCGAAAUAAAUCAAAAAAUCUUCAUUGUCAUCGUUUAUUUCUUGGUCCAAUACGUAUUGCCUUUGGUUUUCUAAUUGUUUUAUUAAUUAUCUUAUGCGUAAUCAGUGGUCUUCUUUAUGGUCUUGAUUUACUUAUACAAAAUUCAUGUCGAUUACUUCAUUAUGAUCAACAAUUUCUUAUUUCAUUGGUUGCAGAUAAUUUAAUUAAAUCAAUCGAUAAUAUUGAUGUAAAUGAAACACUUAAUAAUAUAAUUAAUGAUUGUAAUAAUAAAAUACAUUUUAGUAAAAAAUUUUUAAAAGAAUAUUCAAAUGAAUUUUCAAAUGAAUUAAUUCCAAUAAUAAAAUAUUUAAAUGAAAAUAUUUAUAAACAAUUUAUUAUAUCAAUUAAAACAAUAAAUAUAUCAUCAGAACUUAAUUUAUUAAAUAAUGUUGCUAGUUUUCUUCGUUUAAAAUAUAUUCAAAAUCGUUUAAUUCUUAUACAUAAUGAUUUUAAUCAAAUUGAAAGAAUAUUUACACAAAUUAUUCAAUUUAAUUCACGUUUACCAAUUAAGUUUUUUAAUCAAACAUUAAAUGAAUUUGAAUUAUUUUUUGAAAAAGUAAUUGAAUCAACAAUUGAUUCAUGUCCAUUACCAAUUGAUAAUAUAUUAAAAAUAGAUAAAUUAAUUUGUCAUCAAACAGCCAAUACAAUAAAUGGUUUAUGGUUAAGCAGUUUUUUCUUUAUGUUUGCUUUUGUAUUUGGCAUUUGUAUUUUCGGUAUAUACAUCUAUAAACGAAUGACUUAA